CGACCACCAUGGCCAUCGACUUAGGAGCCCCCAUCAAUACUGUACUGCUGCUUGUCAUUGCGUACUACACCCAGCGCAUCGUAUUUCCAUCAACAGCGCAGCCUAGUGAGACGCCGACCGAGUUCAAGCAGAACUAUUCAUGGAUGCCGAAAUCGCACCCUCCGACACUGCUGUUCAAGACGUACACUCCGAAGACUUUAGCCCCGUUUGAUGGUCAGAACAACCAACGCAUCUUGCUUGCUAUUAACCGGAAGGUCUUCGAUGUUACCGCCGGACGAAGCUUCUAUGGACCAGAGGGCCCAUACGGAAAUUUUGCUGGUAGAGAUGCGUCUCGUGGAAUGGCUAAGCAAUCCUUUGACCCGGAGGUGCUCACGCCAUUAGAUCAACCUCUGGAUAAAUUGGACGACCUAACGCCGUCUGAAAUUGAAAAUAUGAAUGGAUGGAUUGAGCACUUCUCCAACAAGUACAUUGUCUGUGGAGAGCUUGUUGAAAACACAGACUAAUCUGUACACUUAAUAUUGAAAAUGGAAUCAAAUCCAAUUCGCUACUUCAAC